CCAAACAGAAUUGUAUAACAUUGAAACUGGGACAUUUGGAUUUCCCAACCUCAUCAUUUUCCGGUUCAAACAAUACGCCGUUAUCUCCAAAAGGAUACAUACAAGCAUCGGUGAGACAUACGAAGUGGGGAUAAGUCAGGAUCGACGCAGGCAAAGCGCAGUGGGUUUUCUGAAGGCUGCGGCACGAGCCGCAUGCCAACAUCGUUACUGACCUCGCACGACCCUAUUAAUACAACAAACAUCACCGUACGGACCUAGUAGCUAUCUGACUAAUCAUGAAGCUCAUCUACGCGUGUUUGUGCGUUAUCGCGGCGACCGCAGCAGCCCCCAAUUUCGUGUUCCCCGAUGAGCGGCGCGAGAGAAAACUAGAACCAAUUAUAACACCACCUGUUUUACCAAUUCUGGAGCACCUGGAGAACGAUCCUAGUACGCUGGGUAAUAGGGCGAUUACGGUGAAACCCAGAUUUGGUGGUGGUUUUAAUGUGAAGCCGUCUGGUAACGGUGGGUUAACGGCCAGUGUGAGCAGUAGUGCCAGUGGGGGUGGUUUGAGCCACUCUGCGUCACAAUCGUUCUCAUUUGGAUUCAAUGAAGGCUUUAGUGCAUCUCAUUCGGCGAGUCAAGCUUCGUCGUUUAAUGGAUUUGGAAGUGGGUUCAGCGGAAGUCAAGCAAGUAGCCAAGCCGCAUCUUUUAGCGGUUCAGGUGCUUCAGUAUCAGGUGCUGCAUCAUCGGCCUCUUCUCAGGGUGGCUUUGGAAGCGGUAGCCAAAGCGCCUCCUCCGCUUUUGGCUUUAACUCCAUCAAUGGCUUUCAGUCUGAGCCCUCCUUCGGUGACGGACUUCUGGAUAUUAGACAACGCGGCAUCCCCGGUUUUGCCUUCCCGGAUCUACUCGGGAGGAGUAAAGGCGCGAGCGCAGCCGCAUUCAAAUCUAGACCUAAUUCUCAAAGGAAUAGAGACGAUUUUCUUGCAGUACUGGUGUCCAAUUAACAGUCUUUAAGGUAAAAAUGUAAAUCCUACUUCAUUAUCAGGUAACAUUUUUCUUUAUAGUGUUAUAAAAGGGAAAAUACAUAUUUUUUUCAUAAAAACUGUUGCAGGCUAAGUAGUAUUGCGGCAGCUUAAUAAUUGACACCAUACGUAAAGGGUUUUUUACGAUUGUGUAAUAUAAACCGGCCUUUGGUUGCCCUACAUAAUUAACUAAUCUUGUUGAAUAACAAGUAAGUAGCGACACUAAAAAGUGUAUAAAUAGACGAUACUGUACGAUACAAAUAAAUAAAAAGACUGUUUAUCUAUAUUCGUUUAUUUUUCAGUAGACAAAAGCUGUAGG